CAGAAGAGGAGUGAAAAUAAAUUUUUCUUCUCCAGUUUUUCUAAAAAUUUUCUCAAUCACCAAUGUAUUUUAGUGCAAAUUAUUAAAAUUAAUACUAUUAACAAUGGCUGAUAGAGAUCUAUCAAUGGGCCCACGGGAAGGAGUAACAUAUCCUGUAAGAGUGCAGUAUUGUGGCAAUUGUUCUAUGCCGAUUGAAUAUUGCGAAUAUUAUCCUGAGUAUGAUAAAUGCAAACAGUGGCUUGAAAAACAUCUUCCGACAGAAUUUGAGAAGGUGAAAAUAGAUGAAGAAGAAAAUGCCGGCGGCGAAGAGGAAAAAAAACGCCAAAAGAGAGGUGGAAAAGGCAUGUUGAAAUCAAAGAAAAAAGAAGAUGUUCCCAAAUUAGUGCAGGUCUCACGGGCUCCCCGCGGCAAGAAAAAAUCUGUCACUGUUGUCUCUGGAUUGAGUACCUUUGACAUUGAUUUAAAAGUGGCUGCUAAGUUUUUUGGCACAAAAUUUGCAUGUGGGUCGUCAGUCACUGGUGAUGAUGAGAUUGUUAUUCAGGGAGAUGUGAAAGAUGAUCUAUUUGAUAUUAUACCUGAAAAAUGGCCUGAAAUCGAUGAAGACAGUAUUGAAGAUCUAGGAGAUCAAAAAAGAUAGUCACAAUUUAGUUUAUAUAAAACUAAUGUGCACAAACUUUGUUUCUGUAUUAUUAGUAAAUUUUACAAUUCACUUGGUUAACUGUUAAAAUAUAAAUUAGUAAUAAAACAGAAAUAAAGUAUAUUUAACAGUGUC